AUGCCUGCUGUUGCCGAAAAACAAAAUUUAGCAUCAAAUUUCAUUCUUCAAGAAGAAAUUCAUUGUGUUCACCCGAAAGAAGGAGUCCAUUAUGUUCAAGAAAAUGUGGAUAUGUUCUGCCAUUUAACAUUUAG